AACAUUUCAUAAUCAAGGGUAAAGACUCGCACAAUUUACCAUUCAUACUGUAGUCAGUUUCAAAAGUUACCGCUUAGGAAGUUAAAAGUGCUUAGUUACAGAUAAACAGUGGUUAAUUUCAAGAAACUGGGUACGUACGUUUGUUUGUAUAUGUUCAGUGACACAUACUGUUAUUUGUGAUAUGAAGAUUUGAAGAGGAAGGUUAGAAUUAAUUAAUUCUACUUGCAAAUUAAGCCGUAGAUUUACCGUUCUAUACCUAACAAUGUUCUUCACAGACAGCAUUCUGUACGAUUUCAUAGCAAUCGUCAUUGCCCUACUAGCUGGAUUGAUAGCGUAUUACAAAUGGACAUUUGCCUACUGGAAACAGAACGGCUUCGAAGGCCCUGAACCGUCCAUACCUUUCGGCAAUGUCAGCGACUUAAUCCUCGGAAAAAGACACCUGGGAGAGAUGUGGAAAGAUGUAUACUUUUACGCUAAGGAAAAGGGGCUACGUUACUCCAUCGUAUUCUUCUUUUGGAGUCCUUCGAUCAUCAUCGUUGACCUGGAGUUGAUUAAGAGCAUUGUUCAGACGGACUUCGCGCACUUCUGGGGUCAUGGUUCGUUCAUGAAUGAAAAAGAUGAUCCGCUGUCGGCGAACGUCUUCCACUUGGAAGGCCCUAGGUGGAAGUCAGUACGGGUAAAGCUCACCCCCACCUUCACUUCUGGGAAGAUGAAGAUGAUGUUUCAGACCCUGGUGGACUGCGCCAAACCCUUGAAGGAUAUUUUGGACGGUUAUUGCAACGAAAAUAAGGAAAUUGAGCUUAAGGAGUAUCUGGCCCGCUUCACGACAGAUGCUAUAGGUUCCUGCGCAUUUGGCCUAGAUUGCAACAGUUUGAAGAAUCCCGAUUCAGAAUUUCGCAAGUACGGACUAAGAGCGGUAAAAAUCGAUUUGAAACAUACGUUGAAAAGGAUGUUACAAAUUGUAUUUCCACCCUCCGUGCUACGCUUCAUAAAACAUUGCCCAACCGACCCCCAGGUCGCGAAAUUCUUCAAUAAAAUAGUGAGAGACACCGUCGAUUACAGAGAGAAGAACAACGUUAGGAGAAAGGACUUCAUGGACCUUUUGAUCCAGAUUAAAAAUAAGAGAUCCGUUGGCGAUGAUGACUCUGACGCUAGCAAAGAAACGUUGACGAUGGACGAAAUUACCGCGCAGUCCCUUAUAUUUUUUGUAGCCGGGUUCGAAACGUCGUCUACGACGAUGCACUGCGCUGCUUACGAGCUGGCUAUGAAUCCAGAUAUCCAAGACCGUCUCAGAGAAGAAAUAAUUGAAGUACUAGAAAAAUAUAACAAUGUUUUAACAUACGAUGCGGUGGCUGAGAUGAAAUAUUUGGAUAGAACUGUAUCUGAGACUCUAAGGAAAUAUCCCGCACUUCCACUGAUAUUCAGAAAGUGCAGCAAAGACUAUAUCAUUCCCGGUACGGAUAAGGUCAUAACAAAAGGCAGUUCUGUGAUGGUGCCCGUAUUAGGGGUCCACUACGAUCCCGAUUAUUACCCGGACCUCGACAAGUUCGAUCCGGAUCGGUUUACCGAAGAAAAUAAGGCCAAAAGACCAGGAUUUACCUGGUUACCGUUUGGCGAGGGGCCUAGAAUUUGCAUAGGUAUGCGAUUUGGUUUGAUGCAGACUAAGAUUGGAUUGAUUACGCUUUUGCGCAAUUUUAAAGUUUCUAUGAACAAGGAAACAGAGACACCUCUAAAGCUGAGUAAGCAUGGGGUGCUGAUAUCAUUUGAAGGAAAGGUUCUGUUCGACCUUCAAAAAAUAUAAACAUAUUGACAAUUAUAAUGAAAGUAUAUAUAAGAAAGUCGUAAAAAGUUGCCAAGAUUCCGUGAACAAAAAGUAUCGCCGGUCUAGAAGUGUUAGAUGAAGACUCGUUUCUGUUGUAAGCAAUUCUUCGAACCAAUAGCAAACGGUAACCGUCUUCUGUCAUGACUGUGUGAUUUUCAUAGGGAUAAUUUUCUUCUUCUAGAUAUUUAAACUAGAAUAAUCGAAUUUUGUACGAUGUCCAAACUUUUAUAAAUAAUGUUAUUCAAGGUUCAGCAAUAUUUUUCUCAAAAUAUAAUUGGCAAAAAAUUUUGACUCUUGUAUUUUAUAGAAAUAUACAGGGUGUCCAGAUUUUAAUUUACCACAUUUCGGGAAUGGAUAAAAAAAUAAAAAAUAAAAUUGUUUUGAAAUUUGCUCAAAAAUUAUUUUUUAGGAGAAAAAAGUACUGUUUCGUUUCAGUUAGGCAACUGAAGGCGUCCUUUUGACGUUUAUAAAGCAACAUUAAAAUGACAUUUUUUCGAAAAAAUAAACUGAACUGAGGUACCUAAAGUACUUACAGGAUUUUUAGCAGUUUCUAGGAGACCCAAUCAGACUUUGUACAAGAGAGCAUUGUAGAGAAAAAUACUAACCGCAACAGAUACAUGUCGAUAAUAUUUAAAACGAAAGAAGUUAACCCACAUAAUAGACUACUAGUGAGUUUUUACCAUUAUCUUGAUACUAGAAAAACAUUUUAGUGGCAUUACCUAAUAGCAAGUAUGUCUUUUUAAAAGCAUACUUAAUAUAUACGACAAGAAAAACAUUGUUGACGUCUAAUAAUAAUUAGUAAAGUAUUCACCUUAAUUUUAUAGGUGACUACAAACUGUUACAGAAUUUUAUAAAUUAUUGAAGUGUUUUGUAGUGGACUGUGAUGGGUAUUAUUAAAUUCUUGGAAUAGAGAAA